CUACAAUUAGCCAAAUUCUGCUGAACAUUUCUUUGGCCAGCAGAUGUCGUCCUUCCGCUGACGCGUUCUUUAUUGCCAUAGCAACUACACGCGCAGAACAUGGAGGACUUAAAAAGUAGGUAUUUGUCCGCGUGCGAAGAAAUUCAACGACUUCCCAAUGAAUGUAUUUUGAAAGUAUUGGCAGAUGGCACGAACAGCAGGGUUUCACUUGAACUAGCUGGUAGUAAUGAUCGACUGAAGCAUAAAGAGAAAUUGACAGAUGACGAUGUGCGUGUCCUGUCAAAAACGCUGGGUGGAAGUUCAGCAAUAAAGGGUUUAGACCUUAGAUACAACUGCAUCACGGAUAAAGGAGCAGUUUAUCUUGCAAACAUCAUUCAGGAAAGUGAGUCCCUACAGUUUCUUGACCUUAUGUGCAAUGACAUUGAAGCAGAAGGUGCAGAAAUGAUAGCAAAAAGUUUACAUCAAAAUAAAAGCUUGAGGACGCUCAGAAUGACUGGAAAUAAAAUUGGAAACAAAGGUGCCAUGCAACUGGCUGCCAUGUUGCAGAUCAAUUCUACUUUAGUGGAAUUGGAUGUGUCAGAUUGUGACCUGACUACACAAAGUGUAAUAGCAUUUGCCAUAGUCUUGAGCAAUAACAGAAGAAUACGUGCCAUUAAUAUUAGCCGACCUCUUCUAUUCAGUCUUCAGGAGGAAACUACAGUCCAUAUGGCAAAGAUGCUGGUGGUAAAUAAAACCCUAAGGGAGUUGCACGUGGGAAAACAUGGCAUGACUGAUACUGGUGUAGAAAGACUGUGUGAAGCAUUGAAGAUGAACUUCUCUCUACGCUACCUGGAUCUUCGCUGUAACAGAAUUGCUCGAGAUGGAGCCAAAUGCUUAUCAGAGGUUUUGAAACAAAACAGCACUUUGGAGAUUGUAGAUCUCUCCUCCAAUCGCAUCGAGGAUGCCGGUGCUGUGUAUCUGAGUGAAGCUAUCAAACUUCCACACAGCAAACUUAGAGCAUUGUCCAUUACCAGUAACAACAUUGGGACAGCAGGUCUUAUGUCCCUCUACAGGGCGAUCAGAGUAAAUUCCAGUCUCACACAUGUUUACAUCUGGGGAAAUAACCUUGAGGAACCUGUGUGUGUGGCUUUCUCCCAGCUGAUAAGCAGCGGGCGACUGUUGGAUGGGCACACAGAUGUUUCCCCCUAUGAGGUUGACGGUCAUGUUUUCUUAGCAGAAACAUCUCAUGGUUUUUGCAGACAGUACUAUUGGACUUCUCAAAGUGUAGGGGAUAGAGAUUUCAGUAAUUCUGCAAUGGCCCUGAUUAAAUCAGAUUCAUUGGUUCCUCAGACCUAAUCUCAUAUCCAUGAUACA